CACAAUGCACCGGGGCGCUUUCGCUACAUCAGUUCACAUCCGUUCGGCUCUAUCAGUGCUGGAAAAGGACUUUGAGAAACUGCAGCGAUGUCAGUCCAGGUUGUGGCAGCGAAAAUGGCAGAGGUCGAACUCAAAGACGUUCCCACCGGCAAAGACUUGUCGGCCGGAUCCCCGAUGUCACCGACAUCCGAGGACAAGUCCCUGCCUAAAAUCGACUCGUUUGCGGCGGGUUCCUCUGGCUCUGCCGCCGCGUCCCUCACCGUGGAGUCCUCCGCGAAAGCCGGCGACAGCAGCCCGGGCUUACUCACCCCGAACGCCGCUAAGCUUCCUCAGGCGUCGGCUAUGAAGCGUACCGACCCGCAGCAGAACGGAGGGGAGGCUUUUGUCAACCGUGACGGCACCGUCGCCGAAGCUCCACGAAUGAAAAAGAUUCAGUUUGCUGAGCAGAAACAAGAGUUCAACAAGCGUCCCUCCAAGAUCGGCCGGCGUUCCCUAUCCCGUUCCAUCUCCCAGUCGUCCACAGACAGCUACAGCUCAGCUGCAUCGUACACGGACAGCUCUGAUGAUGAGACCUCCCCUCGGGACAAGCAACAGAAAAAUUCCAAAGGCAACGGAGAUUUUUGCAUCAAAAACAUCAAACAGGCCGACUUUGGACGCAGGGAGAUUGAGAUUGCCGAGCAGGAAAUGCCAGCCCUGAUGGCUUUGAGGAAGCGGGCUCAGGGGGAGAAACCCCUCGCUGGUGCCAAAGUGGUGGGCUGCACACACAUCACUGCCCAAACAGCUGUGCUUAUGGAGACUCUGUCAGCUUUGGGGGCUCAGUGCCGGUGGGCGGCGUGCAACAUCUACUCCACCCAGAACGAGGUGGCAGCUGCCCUGGCCGAGGGAGGAUUCAGUGUGUUUGCGUGGAAGGGUGAGUCAGAGGACGACUUCUGGUGGUGCAUCGACCGCUGCGUCAACGUGGAGGGAUGGCAGCCUAACAUGAUUCUGGAUGAUGGUGGAGACCUGACUCACUGGAUCUAUAAAAAAUAUCCCAGCAUGUUCAAGAAGAUCAAGGGCAUCGUGGAGGAGAGUGUCACUGGUGUGCAUCGGUUAUACCAACUGUCCAAAGCAGGGAAGCUGUGUGUUCCAGCCAUGAAUGUCAACGACUCUGUGACAAAGCAAAAGUUUGACAACCUCUACUGCUGCAGAGAGUCCAUCCUGGAUGGGUUGAAGAGGACCACCGACGUGAUGUUUGGAGGCAAACAGGUGGUGGUGUGUGGAUACGGAGAGGUGGGGAAAGGCUGCUGCGCAGCCCUCAAAGCGAUGGGCUCCAUUGUUUAUGUGACAGAGAUAGACCCCAUCUGCGCUCUGCAGGCCUGCAUGGACGGUUUUCGGCUGGUCAAACUCAACGAAGUCAUCAGACAAGUGGACAUCGUCAUCACCUGCACAGGGAAUAAGAACGUGGUGGUGAGGGAGCACCUGGACCGCAUGAAGAACGGCUGCAUCGUCUGCAACAUGGGACACUCCAACACGGAGAUCGACGUGGCGAGCCUGCGGACUCCGGAGCUGACCUGGGAGAGGGUGCGCUCUCAGGUGGACCACGUCAUCUGGCCUGACGGUAAAAGGAUAGUCCUGCUCGCAGAGGGUCGUCUGCUGAAUCUCAGCUGUUCUACCGUCCCCACUUUUGUUCUUUCCAUCACUGCCACAACCCAGGCUCUAGCCUUGAUAGAGCUCUACAAUGCCCCAGAGGGACGCUACAAACAGGAUGUUUAUCUGUUGCCUAAAAAGAUGGACGAAUAUGUGGCCAGCUUACAUCUCCCAACCUUCGACGCACAUCUUACAGAGCUGACUGACGAGCAGGCCAAGUACCUGGGCUUGAACAAGAACGGGCCCUUUAAGCCGAACUAUUAUAGGUAUUAAACCAGUGGGUUUUUUGGGGGGGGGGUUGUUACCUGAAGUCAUGUUAAUACUCAAUGAAUCACAGAGGGAGAGGAGGACGGACAGGAAAGUCGACUCAUCUGCUUUUACAUCCAGGACCGCAGAAUUUGGGCAUGUAUUCCCCUACAGUCGUGGCAGUUUUAUUUAUCCACGUUUACCACAGUAGUGAUGAUUAAAACAAAUUUAGCGGCCAUUCGCCACGAGGACAUGUCACUUCCCGCCAUCGUCUUCGCGCUCUUAAGAUGCUCAAUUGUGUGUGAAGUUGUCCGUGAAUCCUCCAUCCUCACCGCUGCCAGAUCUUUUAUUCUUUAUUUGUUUAAAAUGUAAUUACAUAUGCGGAAAAAAAUCAUUGAUUUAAAAGAGAAAAGAAAAAAACUGAUUUUUGUGUCUGACAUUUUUUCUUUUUGUAUCCUGUAGUCGUUGUCCUUUUCUACUUUGUUCUCUGUGAAAUAAUUAGCAAGGAGGGGCGGGGCUAGUUUAGUAGGCAGGUGUCAGGCCCCAAACAUAUCUUGUGUUUUAUUUGACAAAUAUUCGGAUUUUUGUUUUCAAGCAUAUUUUUUUUAUAAUGUUACUUUUUGUUUUGUUGUUUUCCUUUUUAUUCUUUUUUUCAUGUCUUUAACCGUCUCUGGAAGGAAUCCAAACCAAUCAUUCUACAUUUUCACAAUAGAAUCGCCUCAUAAGCUGCUUUUAUUUUCUCAACUUCUGGCUGUUUAAACCUUCCAGUGUAGAAAUAAUGACAAGUAUUUAACCUUCAAUAUUUUCCUUUGGAUGGCUACACUGUAUUAAAAGCACGGCAGACCCUCCACACAAAGGUAUACUGUAUAUUUAGAUAUUUAUAGAGAUUGUAGGAUUCUUUUAUUUUAUAUUUUUUUUGUCUUUGCUGCUCCAUCUACCAUCAUCAUUAUUUUUUUUUGAUAGAAUCAAGAGGAAAACUGCAGAUUAAAUGUGUAAUAAAUGCUUUCAAAACCCCAACUGUGAAUAUGGUAACACACGGUGAAAAUACAAGUUGUUGCCGGGCAGAUUUCCUCUCUCGGCAUCUCUGUGAAUGCUGUACUGCCGCUGACGCUAACAGCCUAGGUACUUAAUGGUUUCAAUUCUUUUUCACCUAAAUCGUUGCAUUUUCUUUCUUUACAAGAAGCACAUCUUUUCCGAAUUUGCAAAUAAUCUGUCAUAGUUUCCAUAGGCGAUGCUCGGCACUCCUUCCACCUUUCAACAUGUUUAUUUCUAUAAACAAACUACACAAAAAACUUUUUUUAAUGGCUGAAAAAAAUCCUAUUCAUGUCAAAUUUCAGUAACUUUUUU